AUGUAUGUUACGUUGCAAAUAAAACGGAGAAAUAUGACAAAUUUAUUGGUAUUAUAUUUGAUUACAUUGACAUUUUCGUCAGUGUGUCUGGGGUCCAAGAAUAUUGUUUUGUUCUCAGAUAAUGAAAACAAAUUGCAAGUGGAACAUGGAAAAAUAACCACAGAAAACAGCCUUAAUCUUAAUUUCUAUGAAGAUUGUAUCGAUAAAGAUCUGAGUGUUUGCACACCAAAGCCGAAAGGAAACGAAAACUAUUUGCGUUUCUUUUCGCAAUCGGAAAAGCAAGAAUGUCAGAAUUUCGAGCAAGUAGCUCAGUCGAUGAACGAUGUGUUGCAAUUUUGUGUGGAUUUGGGGAACAGUUCUUGGUACGGUGGGACCGAAACGACCUACCAGUAUUGGCCACUGAAUAAACUCGACAUGACGGAUAAACCAUUUGUGACAAGAAAUGUAGACAGCCAAGCAGUCGUCGAGUCGUAUUUCUUCAACUCCAACGGAUAUUAUAUUCAUAUCGACGAGUCGGUUCCUCUUUUUCUAGACAUAAAUGGUCCACGACCAGGAAAAAUGUGUUUUACAGCUAAAGUUGUUGCACCGUACAGAAAAGUUAGGAAUGCAAUGCUAUACCGAAUAUGCAAAUACAAAAACGCUCGAGUAGCACACGAAAGAGCUAUUAAAGAUUUCCUUGGUAUGCCUUCGUCAAUACCUGAUCCAUACGUUAUAAAGUAUCCGAUAUGGUCCACGUGGGCUAGAUAUAAGGUCGAUAUAGACACGUCCAUUGUUCGAAAGUUUGCUCAAGAAAUCAUCGAUCAAGGAUUUCCUAUAGGCACUCUAGAAAUCGAUGACAACUGGGAGACUUGCUACGGCAGUGCAGAAUUUAAUACAACACGGUUCGAGAACAUAUCAGGACUUGUCGAUGAAUUGAAAUUAAAAGGUUUCAAGACAUCCUUGUGGACACAUCCGUUCAUAAAUUUGGAAUGUCCUACUCACGAGAUGGCCAAAAACAAGGGUUACUUUGUUAAAAGUACGUCGGGCUCAGUUAAUACUACGUGGUGGAAUGGAGAAGCCUCUUAUAUAGACUUCACAAAUCCCGAAGCAGCGACAUGGUGGUCUAAUACUCUCCAUAGUUUACUAGCCAAAUCUGGAAUUGAUACAUUGAAGUUUGAUGCAGGAGAAGCCACUUGGAGCCCGCAACUCCCAGAGUACCACGAUAAUGAUCUGACCUACUACCCAGAGAAUAUCGUAAACGCUUAUCUCAGAACUAUUGCGACUUUUGGUAAUGGCGUUGAGUACAGGCCAUCAAGAAGAAGUCAAGAAUUUGGCCGUCUUAUAAGAAUGAUUGAUCGCGAGUCUCGGUGGGAUUACCAACUUGGACUUCCCACAUUAAUAACAUCUCUUAUACAAAUGAAUAUGGUCGGAUAUUCGUUCGUGUUACCAGACAUGAUCGGUGGAGACGGUAACUUCGAUUUACCGCCUUCAAAAGAGAUGUAUAUUAGAUGGUUGCAAGCAAAUCUAUUUAUGCCGGUUGUACAGUUUUCGUACACACCUUGGGAUUUUGAUCAACAGACAGUAAAUAUAUGCAGUCCUUUAUUCAAAAUCUACCAAAGCAAGGACACGAAAUACUUCUCCAAAUUUACAAUAUAA